AUGCGCGGCACGUCAGAAGCCACCGAACGAAUAUUCCGACUGUUGGGUAUCAAGAUCGCCCAUAAACCGGCAUCAACCGUCCGAUCAUCGCUUGUCAACAGCAAGGAUCGAGUGGAGCAGCACGAACGAUCAGGUGUAAACUACGCAAUCCCGUUCCUGGGCUGCAACCAACAUUGCAUGGGUGAGACAGGCAAACAACUACACACUCGCCUACAUGAACACAAGCUUACCCUCCGACGCACUGACCCGAAGUCACAAAUCUGGAACCACUGUGCACGGACAGGUCACGAGAUCGUAAUCGAUAACGCAAAGGUUGUGACGCGAGCUAAGCGAGGAGAACGAUUAAUCCUCGAAGCUUUGCACUCGGUCAAUUCGUUCAACCGACACGUCGAGAUAGACAAACAUUACGUCAUACUCGCAAAACCCGUGACCAUUGGUGGACUGAUAGACGUGCAAACAGCACACAGGCGCACAAAAAGACGGUAA